ACAGCUUUUCGCACUUAGAGGUUCACGUUGAAAUACUUGUACGAGCAAUAUUGCUUGUAUUCCACCGAUGGCUUUCAACACCCUUUGGUUUUGGGCAUUUGUUCUAGUUACUGUAGCUAUACCUCCACUCAUGGCAGUUAAAAAAGACGAUUCUGGUUCCACAAAAACUACUCCACGCAACGCAAUAUGGUCAUGGCCAAUUGUGUUUAUGCACUCCAAGAUCAUCUACUUGAACGCAUCUACGAAGGAGUAUCCUGGCAUAAAUUGCAUUAAAGAAUACCGGGGCUCCUGGAAUCGCAGCGCUCGACUGCUGACUAAGAUGAUGGUGUCCGUGUUUUCGUUUACACAUUGGACGAUGAAUGAAAUGCUUUACAAAGCAGCAGGAAAACGUGGGCCGGCGCAAGCUUUUACAGUGGCCGACAUAAGUGGAUCUGCCAAUUAUACAAUUGCAUUUAAUUAUACGUCAGAGUACUGCGCAAUUAUAAGAAAGGAAAAUAAAACAGGUGAAGUUUCUAACGACGCCUGCGAACUAUGGGUGAACGACAAGUUCUUCAUAAGUGGGCAUGAAGAACAAGAAGCCUGCACAACGAAGUUUAAGACGUAUUGCAAAAGCGACAACAAAACAGUAUUCAAUAUAGAAAACUGUCUAGACAGUGUGGGAAAAGUCCUUCUGAUCGGGUGAACGUCGCGAACCCACAAGAAACAAUACAAAUAAAUAUUUUUAAAAUAUCGACAUAAUAAAUUCAUUUGCAACAAUGGC